AUGAACGGCAUUACGGACGUCAAAGCCUUUGCGCUCAGUGCUACUAUGCUCUACAUCAAGUUCCUCGCGUCCACAAUGGUCCAAGGACGCAAAGCUUUUGCAGCCAACACGCGGCUGCCAGAGGACAAGACGCUCGUGUGCACGAUGGGGCUCACUCUCGACAUGGACGAAAAGGCAGUCAAGGCAGCGCAGGAGGACGAGAUGCGCUGGAAACGUAUCGUCCAGAACGACCUCGAGUCGCUACCGCUUGCGUUCAUUGUCUUUUGGAGCGCAAUUGCGGUGGGCGUUGCCCCCUCGGUGAUCAAGACGCUACUGCUGAUUUAUACAGCAGCACGGGUUAGUCAUACUGUCGUCUACUCGAUGGCCAUGCCGCGUGCUCGCAUGGCUUGCUGGAUGACAGGCACGUUCUGCAUUGUCGCGGCCGCACUUCACACAGUGAUUUUGAUUUAA